AUGGCUUCAACCGCCAACUCCGUGUCCGCUGCCAAUCGGGCUUCUGGCAAUAACUUGAACCCUUCACAGAACAACGGCGCCCGCCAAUCUCUGCGAACAAACACAAGCUUCAAGGGUGCCGAUGCCACUCGACGACAGUCGGCAAGCCCAGGUGAUGGUGCUCAGAGACGCUCUAGCUCCCAGAAAGCCUGGACUCAGGGUAUAAAUCCAAUCACCCAGAAAGCCUCCUCCCAGCCAAACGGCAAUCACGCUCCGUCGAAGUCCACGCCGUCGCCGAAGCCUACUACCAGCACCUCGGAACACAAUGCUCAUGGUCGGCUUGUGUUUUUGAUGACCAGCUUUAUUGGUCUCUCAGCAACCAUUACUAUUAAGAACGGUGAGAAAUACAGUGGUAUAUUCUCGUCUUCCACACUUGAAUCCGAUAACGCCUCCGUGUUGCUCAAAAUGGUGCAACGUGUGGCUUCGGCGGAUACCAAUGCCAAUGGGAUAAGCGAAACCACCACUCUUUUCGUUGGAACGACCCCAGAUCAUAGCAUGAAAUUCAAAGUUGACGAAAUCACUGAUAUCGUCGUGAACAAUGUGUCUACCGCUGAAGUGGUCGCCAAGGAUACCAAUGGGCCCCAAACCGGGUUUCGCACUGACACAGAUAUUUCCGGAAGUCUUGCCAUGCGCGAAAGAAAUCUACAGCGCUGGGAGCCUAGCGCUGCUGAUCCCAGUGUGGAUAUGUCUUUGGAAGGUUCAGGAUCGACUGGUUGGGAUCAAUUCGAAGCCAAUGAGCGUCUCUUUGGAGCCACAACCAGCUAUGACGAGAACAUUUACACCACUCAAAUCAACCGUAAUGACCCGUUAUACAAGAAGAAGCAAGCCGAAGCUGCUCGGAUAGCUCGAGAGAUUGAAGGCACCGUGACCGACAACCCGCAUUUGAGGGAAGAACGUGGUCAUGCACCUGAAGGUGAAGGCCAUGAUGAAGAGGAGAGAUACAGUGGAGUUCGCCGUGACGCAAACUAUUUGCCCUUACAGACGGGACAGCCGAAUAAAUAUACACCACCAGCUCGACGACAGCAAGCCGCUCAACAGCCAGCUACCAUAUCCGCUGCAGCAACUGACCCAGCCAUUAUAUCCGCUCAACUGGCUAAACCGGCGGCGGCACCAGAGGUCCCCGUCUCAUCGAAGCCGGCAGUGCCCACCAUCACACUUGAGAAGCAAAACACUGCUCCUCCCGUCUCUGAUCAGAAGACACCAGUGUCGACAACGGCGACCGCACAAGUCAAACGUCCUGGAGCGGCCGAAAAUGCGACAUCGAAUGUUGAAACAGAGGUUUUGGACCAUUUCCGACAAUUUGCAAACAAUGAGAAAAUGAGGAUGCAAGAACGUCGACGCAAUCAAGCUUCUCAUGACCGGACUGUUAAGCUCAAUGAGCUCAUGAAAUUCUCGCAAAACUUCAAACUGGCUACCCCUGUGCCCAAGGAUCUUGUACCCAUACUCGCAAAGGAUCCAAGUAAGCAGGAAGAAAUCAUAGAGCGUGCACAACGUCAGGCGGAUGAAAAGGCGGCUAUCAAGACGGUACCACAGCCAGCUGCGCCUGUGACAGAGCAGAAGCCCAGCAGCACUACCCCUCGCACGACGGCACCUCGUUCGGAAGCCGCACCGGCAAAUAUUCCUCCCUCCGCACCUGCCGAUCGCCAGACUCACCACCGUGGACGGCAACCAUACCCUCCCCAAGGACCUCACUUUGGUAUGGGCGGCAGAGUGCAGACCUUCCAUGGUGGCCGAGGAAACCUCAGCACACGCCUAGCAGACAAUUUCCGCCAGCAGAAGAACGCUCUUGGAACAGUUCCAGCACCUCUUCCCAUCCACGAUUCUCGAAUGCCGCCUUCAGGACCCUCCGGAGACAACCUGGUCAAGUCUCAACUGCAGACACCUACUUCGACUAAGUUCAAUGUCCGGGCUAUGGAGUUCAAACCCAAUCCAGCUGCAAACACAUUUACGCCAGGUGGACCUGGCAGCAGCUCUGGUGCUGCUGCCAGUCCACAAUUAAGCUCGCGUGGACGCUCAGUCUCUCGUGCGAGUACACCGUCAGCGUUCUUCGGAAACAAGAAGCCCGUGCCUGCGGCUGAACGGCCGUCUCUCAAGAAUCAGUGCUCCCCUAUUGAGCGCCUGAAGAAAGAAGGAGCCGAGCAAAAGGACAAAGACUUCACCUUCAAUGGAGGAGUUCCGCCACCAUACCGAACCGCACCAACAUGGGACGUUGCUCCUGGUAAUGAGGAAAAAACAUACAAAGACAUGUUCAAGAGCGCUCCUCCAUCGAUUUCGCCUCAAAGCCGAUCUGGGUCGAGCUCACACAUUCCUCACCCUUCGCAACAUCCGUUUAAUACUCAACAAAACACGCCAACUCUUCAUACUGCAGGUGGCCCUAUUCAUGGACCUCCUCAUCUUCACCAACAGCAUCCGAGCUCUCAUUUUGAAGAUCCUCAUCGCAUGCAAUUAUCUGCGUCGGCGUCUCACAUGUUCCCAUCGCCGAGACUCCAACAUGCCUACCCUUCGCCUAUGGCUCCACAUGCUCAAUUGGCUUACGGCCAACCCGUACCACAAUUCUACAUGAAUCAAGGUGGCCAGCAACCCGGCCAUAUGCGUCAGUAUCCCGGUGGACCUCAAUUUAUCAAUCCUCAAAACGGGAUGGGUGCACCUAUGAUGGUUCAGCAGCCAUCUAGCGGUCCAUAUAUGGGGGUUCCACAAGGAAUGAACGGGCAUUACAACCCUCAAAUGCAAAUGUAUUCCCCGAACCCGUCUUAUGCAUAUCCGCAGCACGGAGGACCUCCUCCUCAACCCCACAGUGGCUAUCCCAGUCCCAGUCGAGGCGCUCCCAUGAUGAUGCAUCAAGGCUCACAACCCGGUCAACCGCCACAGCCAAUGAUGUACAUGAAUCAAGGCCAGCAGGGACCUGUGUACGCACCGCAGCAGCCUGGUGGUCAUGCCCAAUGGGCCCCCCGCCUCCUCAUAUUCAAAGUCAACAAACGCCGGCCGCAACAACCAGUGCUACAGAAGCCUCAGAUGACGCUAAAUGAGCAUACUGGCCUGUUGUUCACUAUUAUUCGAAACACGUGGCAGGUCUUGGAGCUUAUCCCAUGUCUAUCCUGGGAGGCCUUCGCUAUCAUUGAGAUGAACUUCGUGUAUCCAUUUUCGGCGAGUACCAUGCCUAGACAGAAGCGCGCCUUGACCGGGGUGGAGCCUAACAUUACCACUCCCCAAGAACCCACCAAUGCAAAAAGAACAAAAGUAACAACGGAAACCAGCUCCACGGACAAUGCCGCAUCUAAUGCGCAGCCGAACGGGGGAAACAAGACCAAUGCCGCGGCACCAAAGUUCAUUGCUGUAGCUCGACCGAACUGGGAUAUUAGGGCAGAGGCGUAUGACAAGGAAGAAGUUGAUGACGACGAUAAUUCGGAAUCAAAUGAUACAGAAUACUCCGAGGCACCUAACCCACUACGCAACCAAGAUGAACUCGAUCCUGAAUGGCCCUGGACUAUGUCUUCGUCGGCUAUAGAUAAGUAUAUUGAGCUGAUAAAACAGGUUGAGUGUCGCGAUCAGGACAACCACAAUGUUUACAUGUACAACGAUUUCACUGCGUAUGGCGUCAAUGAGGUCGUUGACAAUUGGCUCAAAGGCUUCCAUAGAGAGGUGUCGCGAAGAUCUAAGACCCCUUAUACGGUAUGGGCCGAACUUGAAGCUGUCUCGUGGUUCUUACAGCUGGAUUAUAUCGAUAUUUGGUUUAGCGGCGAUGACUGUCACGGAUUUGCUGAAACGCUUGCCCUUGUCGGCAAGGCUCUCUUGGCGGGAAUUGAGAUUUUAAAGACCAACAAACUGUUCAAGCCAUAUAACCCCGAGGAAACUAGUGGAAUCAGAAAUAUUUCCACUGUCCUCGCUUUAUUCGUUCGGUUUGCCAAUACGUGGAUCACCAUAGGUGGCGACCACUAUGGAGAAACAAAAUGGGUGUCGAAAGUUGGCAAGGUAGCCAAAGAUAACGGCAUCGAUAUUAAGGGGCCAUACAAAUUCCAUGAAACAGCGGAGAAGUUAUUCAAGCCCGAUGAGGAGAACAAACCAAGAGAAAAGAAGAAGCUAGUCCGGUUUGACCACGGUACUUGGGGAGUGCCAAAGAUUGUGGAGCUUUAUUCCGAUGAAGAUGAGCAGGCAAUUAGGGAUAAUGGUGAUUACUCCAUCAAAGGAUGGAAAGAAGCGUUCAAGGAAUAUUCAGAGGCCCACGGAAAAGGUCCGAACAAGACGAUUGGUGGCUCAUCAUUCGCUAUCACCAAGCGUUCGGAGUCCAAGAAGAAGCAGACUAUGAAGAAGCAGUAA